AUGUACGGUACUCCGUACGGUAGAUACGUAGCACACACAAAUCAGCUGUACGGAGUAGAGUACGUUGGUUUGUGGAGACGAAGACAGAGACGGGGAAUUGAUCCAAUUAUUUUCCGUUUGUUGGCUGCGGGAUGUAAGGUACGACUUUUGGUGUUUUUUUGGUGGUUUGAUGAAGUGGUGGGGUUUAUGUAUAAGUGUGUGGGUAGGUAG